CCAGCUGCUAGUCGGGGCCGCGCGCGGGCUGGGAACGGCGGAGACUGGUGGUCUCCCUGCCAACCUGGUCCCAGGUAAACAGCUGGGGGUGGCUGAGUCCGCGUGCCGGCAGCACACAGAAUGUCCCUGGCUGCUUAUUGCAUCAUCUGUUGCAGAAGAAUAGGAACCUCAACUCCUCCGCCAAAAAGCAACACAUACUGGAGAGAUGUCAGAAAUAUAAUAAAGUUUACUGGAUCGCUUAUUUUAGGAGGUUCUUUAUUUAUUACAUAUGAAGUUCUGGCCUUGAAGAAGUCUUUGACAUUAGAUACUCAAGUGGUAGAAAGAGAAAAAAUGAAGUCAUAUAUAUAUGUGCACACAGUUUCUUUAGAUAAAAGAGAAAAUCACGGAAUCACCUACCAGGCAAGAAAAGAGCUUCACAAAGCAGUAAGAAAAGUAUUGGCAACAUCAGCCAGGAUAUUACAGGGUCCAUUUGCUGACACCUUUAGUACAAUUGACAUAGAAGAUCACGAAUGUGCUGUGUGGCUGCUCCUGAGCAAGAGUAAGUCUGAUGACAGAGCAGCACGACUGCAGGCUGUGCAGGAAAUGUCAGAGACCCAUCACUGGCAUGAUUACCAGUAUAGGAUAAUUGCUCAAGCCUGUGAUCUGAGAACUCUUAUUGGUCUGGCACGAAGCAAAGAUAGUGAUCUUCGCUUUUUUCUCCGCCCACCUCCUUUGCCAUCUUUAAAAGAAGAUUCUUCCAUUGAAGAAGAGCUCAGACAGUUGCUGGCUUCUUUACCUCAAACAGACCUAGAUGAGUGUAUCCAGUAUUUUACAUCUUUGGCUCUGAGUGAAAGCAGUCAAAGUCUAGCUGCUCAGAAGGGUGGUUUAUGGUGUUUUGGAGGAAAUGGACUUCCUUAUGCUGAAAGUUUUGGAGAAGUUCCUUCAGCUACAGUGGAAAUGUUCUGUUUGGAAGCUUUAGUAAAACAUUCUGAGAUACCCACACAUUGUGAUAAAAUUGAAGCAAAUGGAGGCUUACAACUACUGCAGAGGCUGUACCAACUUCACAAGGACUGUCCUAAAGUACAGAGAAAUAUAAUGCGUAUCCUUGGAAAUAUGGCUUUGAAUGAACAUCUUCAUUCUACUAUAGUUCGCUCAGGCUGGGUUUCCAUACUGGUAGAAGCAAUAAAGUCCCACCACAUUAUGGAGGCCUCACACGCCGCCAGAACCCUAGCUAAUCUAGACCGAGAGACUGUGCAAGAUAAGUACCAGGACGGCGUGUACGUGCUGCACCCCCAGUACCGCACAAGUCAGCCCAUUAAAGCAGAUGUCCUGUUUAUUCAUGGCCUUAUGGGAGCAGCAUUCAAAACGUGGCGCCAGCAGGACAACGAUCAGGAUUUAACUGAAAAGGUUUCAGAGGAUGAAACCAAGUAUACAACAUGUUGGCCCAAGUCGUGGUUAGCAAGAGACUGUCCUGCUCUCCGAAUUAUAUCUGUGGAGUAUGACACCAGCCUUAGCGACUGGAGAGCAAGGUGCCCUAUGGAAAGAAAGUCCAUCGCAUUCAGGAGCAACGAACUUCUGAGAAAGCUCAGAGCUGCUGGCGUUGGGGAUAGGCCAAUGAUUUGGGUAUCACAUAGCAUGGGAGGUCUUCUUGUCAAAAAGAUGCUGUUGGAAGCCUCUAAGAAGCCAGAAAUGAAUACUAUUAUAAACAAUACCAGAGGAAUAAUUUUUUAUAGUGUCCCUCAUCAUGGAUCCCAUCUGGCUGAAUACUCUGUUAAUAUUCGCUAUCUUCUUUUUCCCUCUUUGGAAGUCAAAGAACUCAGCAAGGAUUCUCCUGCACUUAAAACACUACAGGAUGACUUUCUGGAGUUUGCAAAAGAUAAAAACUUCCAGGUGCUGAGUUUUGUAGAAACACUACCAACCUACAUUGGUAGCAUGAUUAAACUCCACGUGGUGCCCCUGGAAUCAGCAGAUCUAGGCAUUGGAGAUCUAAUUCCUGUGGAUGUUAACCAUUUGAACAUUUGUAAGCCAAAGAAAAAGGAUGCUUUUUUGUACCAACGUACCUUACGAUUCAUCCGUGACACUUUAGCCAAAGACCUGGAAAACUGACAAUUGUCUUCUUCUGUUUUCACACAUGAACACAGUGCAAGAAACGUGGUGUUCUCUCUUUUUAAGCUCUAUGCAGUCACGCAAAUGUAGUCAUUAUGGCAUUCAUGUGGCCUGGAGUAUGCUGCAGGCAACAGAAUAUUGUUCUGUAAAACACAAACCCAGAAGUGGCGAUCAAAGAAAGAAGGGCUAGACUGGAUUCUUCUGAUUUAAAAACCUUCCAUAUGUGCCAGUCUAUGUUUUGCAAUGUUGUCCCUGGUGAUAGGGAGCGAGCUGCUAUGGCUAAAGGAUGUGAUCUGUGACUCUUGUCAUCUGACUGUCCCUGGCUCAUGCUGGGAGCAGCACUGAUGGCUUCUGAAGGGAGCGCCAUCACCGAUUUAUCACAGAAAUGCCUGCUGGAGGGUGCCUAAAAUGGAGAGAGAACGAACUAGGACAUAAAGACUCUGUUUGGGGUCAGCGUUUCCAUGUGCUGUAAGUUUUUAAAACUUGUCAGCGUAAACCUUUGUGUAACAUGUUAACUUUGUUACACGCCUUGUCAUCCAUGGGUCAUUUCCUUGUAAGUUUUUAUUUUCAUAUUGCUGAGAACAAAUAUUUCUCUUUUUAAAAAAUUUCUAGCCUAUAAUAAUUCUUUCCAGACUAUAGCUACCUAUACUUUGUUUUUCCCAGAUAAGAAUAAUAAAUCCAUUACUGAGCAGAGUGUGAAAUAAAACUAUUCUAAGCCAUUAUAUAUAUAUUAGCAAUACUUAAUAUGAAGAUUCUCAGAUUAUUUUUAGCUAAAUAAAGUAUACCAUUAUUUCUUGCUCAUUAGGAAAUGGUAUUAAUUGGUCUCCAGCAUGUGAGAAAUAGGAAAUCAUAGUGAUGACUUUAAAAAAAAAUAACAGCAUUAUUGAGAUAUAAUUCACAUACCAUAAAAUUCACCCUUUUAAAUGUACAGCUCAUUGAUUUUUAGUGUGUUUACAGAGUUGUGCAACCAUAACCACUAUCUAAUUUCAGAACAUUUCAUCAUCCCUCCAGAUAACCCCACACCCAUUAGCAAUCACUCCUCCUCUCCUCUCCCCCAGCCCCUGGUAAACACUAAUCUUCUUUCUGUCUCUAUGGAUUUGCCUAUUAUGGACAUUUCAUAUAAAUGACAAGUUUUUUAAAAUUUACAAUACGUGGCCUUCUGUGUCUGGCUUCUUUCUCUUAGUAUAAUGUUUUGAAGGUUCAUCCAUGGUGUAGCAUGUAUACAUGUAGUAGGACUUUGUUCCUUUUUAUGGCCAAAUAAUAUUCCAUUGUAUGGAUGUACCACAUUUGCUUAUCUGUUCAUCAGUUGAGGGACAUUUAGGUUCUUUCAAUGUUGGGGCUGUUAUGAAUAAUGCUGCUGUUAACAUUCAUGUACAAGUUUUUGUGUGGACAUGUUUUCCAUUCUCUUGGGUAUAUACUAGGAAUGGAAUUGCUGGGUCAUGGUAAGCUUAUGUCUACCAUUUUGAAAAUGAUGGACAUUUGUGGAAUGGGAUAGUCAAAGCUAAAAGGAGUACAGCCUCUGAAGGUAAACUGGGGGCAUCAGUAAAACUUAACAACAUUUAAUUGUUUAAUUAUGCAAAAACCUAACAAGUGACUUAACUACCUGUUUUGUUAUGUAGCUAUAGAGUGUGCUAGUUAGCUAUCAACAAUAAAUUCUAGCUAAUGGGAUCACGUGGGGAGAGGGGUGUAGAUAGGCUUGGUUCGUUUUCCUUUUCUGUUUUCCAUGAACCAUGGCAGAUGAACCAUGGCUGAAACAUCUGUUCAUUAACUUAGAGUAAUGAAAUGAACCCCCACUUUGUAAAAUCUCAAUAUAGCCAUUAUAAGCUGUGCUUUAAAAAUAAGGUCUGGGAGAGAGAACCAGUGUACUUCUGAAUGACUAUAGCUUUUCAGGCAGGUCACUUACCAUUUCUGUUCAUUCUGUUUAUGAAAUGGAUAUGAUGUAUACAGAUUCACUUCAUCAGUCUUAUAAGAUUUAAGUCAAUGAUGUUUUAAAAAUAGUCAUCACUGAAA